AUGAAGACAAGUUUUCAGCCAUAUGGACGUGUGAGCUCCCGUGGAGCUCUACGUAAAGGUAUUGGAUGGGAUCUACGUAUGGCUAUGCUUAUAGUCGUUCCUAUUAUGUGCCUUAUUGUGGUGCUCUAUGAGUUUCUCUAUUUGCAAGAAUACGCAGCCAAUGGCGUGGCUGUGGACAUUUCAGUUGAGAACCACGAUGUUUACUUGCGUAGUAACCAGGAGAUGGACUCACCAUCUGUUUUACAACCCCCAGGGUCACAAUCCGUUGUAAAUGGACGUAAGACCAUCAUUUUGGUCGCCAACUACCGUGACUCAACGAGAUGUUCCGAAAUGUUACGCUCAAUUUUUGACAAUGCAGUGGCACCUGAUGAUAUCAAAAUUAGUAUCUACGACCAGAUUUACCCCACAAAGAAGGAACUUUCAUGCAGUGAAGAGUUUUGCAAACUUGUGGGAGAGAAAUUAUGUCGACGCUCGCAGAUUGUGUCUUCUCAGAUCGAUGCUGCCAAUGCGACGGGUCCAACUACUGCGCGGUAUGAGACGGUAAAGGCCGUCACCGAUGAAGAUUUUUGCAUGGCAAUUGACUCGCACUUGGUUUUUGUCCCCAACUGGGACGAGAAAAUCAUCGCGCAAUGGGACUCGCUGGACAACCCGAACGCCAUCAUCACUGUGUACCCAAUGUCCGUGGCGAAGACAAAGGAACUCGACGAUAUUUUGCACUGCAUGUGCAUGGCGCGUAUUGAAACGGAUGAUCCGGACGCUAUGGUGCAGUACAUAAUUCCUUUAUGGAUUAAUAAGACGGAUAUGCCCAAGCCAAGGUUGUCAUCGCAGCUGGCUGGCGGAUUCAACUUUGGCGGUUGCAAGCAGGCAAAGGAGGUGCGCGACGACCCAUACACGCCGUACCUUUUCCAUGGUGAAGAGUAUUCGCGUGCCGCCCGACUUUGGACUAACGGUUACGAUUUCUACGCGCCGUCGGAAAACAUCGUUUACCACUGGUACGAGAAGCGAAAGGUGGUGUGGGAGCGCGAUUGGAACGCGCGGUAUCUAAUACAGCAAAAGUCUAGGCGCCGCGUUCGAUAUAGUCUCAAAUUGCCUGUCACGAAGGAAGAUUUUGACCAUACGGAUUUAAAAAACUUUACUCUUGGUACGAAACGGACAUUUGAGCAAUGGAAAAACUUUUCGGGUAUUGAUCCCCUGGCGAAGUUUAUAGGGGGUGAUGUCGUCCAGUUUGACAAUUGCCAUGAGCUUGAGUACGUGCCCUACUAA